AUGGACAGUUCAUCAUGGCUUUCUAGUGCGCUUCCUCGCUACUCACCCUCAUCCCUGUCGCCUGACGGUCGCCGCCGUUCCAAGAACCCUCGUUGGCGUACACCUUCUCCGAUGGCCUCUUCUGCCGUACCCCAACCCAUCGUGAACAGCAUCUAUGUUCCCACAACUGCCCACUCGCAUCCCAGUCCCUCUGUGCAGACUGACGACACCCUCCUGAUGUUCCGACGGAAACAACGCGAGCUUGAAGCACAAUUACAACUUCUCCUCGAUGCACAGGCCGAUGCUCUGCUCGCUGGUCUUGAUCCAUCAUCAACCUCUGCUGCCGAAGACGAUGCUCUCUCGACCGGUUCGAGCACUCCAACCGCCAGUGCUCUUUAUUCGAAGCCUAGGCCUCAGUCGUCUUUGAAAACGGAAAAAGUUGGUCUCCGUCAAGCUAGGGUCGGCUUGUAUGCCACGAUGCGACGUCUGGCACAACUCAAGUCUCAGGAAUCGCAGUACCUGGCUCCCAGUCUCGAUCACUUCGCAUCUGCCGUCAAUCAGAUCGAUACAUGGCAAAAGAAGCGCGAUGCCUUGCAGUCUCGCGCCUCGCAAAUACAGUCUGGUGACGAUCACAACCGCGCUCUCGGCCUGCACAAGCAAGCAGACGACAUGCAAGUCGAGAUCAAUGAGCUUGAGGAAAGACUGGCUCGCUUGAAAAGAGAUCAACAUAAACUGAGAGCAGAAGCCCAAGAGAUUGAGAACACUGUCGACGCACGUCUUGCAUCUUACACCAACAGCCUAGGUAUGGUCGAGGACUCUAUCCAAACCUUUCUUCAAGAUGGUUCUGCAAAUCACUGGACUGCCGUCAUCAACGUGCUGGACAUGGACCGCUUCUGGCGCUUACCAUCCCAAGAUCGAACCCUGAAAUCUGCAAAGGAUGCCUUCGGUCAAGAGCGAGAUUCGUUAAUUGAGAGACGUGGCACUUGCGAUGCUGAACGAGACGCGCUUGAAGAGGGUGCCGUGGUCUGGAAAGAUACCGUCAAGCAAGUUUCCACUUUCGAGCGGACGCUCGCAAAGGCCACGUCGCGCAUGAGCAAAGAGUCCCAAUCACAGCUCGACUCUCCUGCAGAAACUAAAGAGCUACUCUCUAUGCUCGAGCAGACUACUACGGAGCUCGAAAACAAGCACAAGCUCGCAGAAACCCGUAGUUGGAAGCUCUUGGUUGCGGCCAUCGGCGCCGAACUCGAAGCAUUCUUGAAAGGAAAACAUAUUCUCGAAGCUGCUCUUGCUGCUGCGGUUGAUGAGACAAGCCUUGAAGAAACAAGAGGAAUCUCUGGCAGUUCUGGACAGCUUGAGGGGGUGCAGACACCUAGAGGCAGCAAGCACGAUGACGGUGAGGCUAUCCGCGAUUUGGACAAGGCCUUUGCAGCAAAGCGUCCCAUACCGAGCAUUUCAGACACUGAUACAGAAGAUGACGGACCUGACCCAGAGCUGUUGAUUUCGCAUCAGGACACGGAUACUGAGUAG